AUGCUGGGUUUUCCUACACGAUAUGUUGAGAAAUCCCCUUGGGAAAUCAAGUGCUUUGACCAGUGGCCAUAUCAAAGUCCGGAUCUGAAUCCAAUGGAGUCCGUUUAUCAUGCUCUAAAACUUAUAAGAAAAACAAAAUCUUCGUCGUAUUCAGUUGAGUUCUUUAAGAGAUUUAGCAUAAAGAAUCUGACGCGUAGUUCUAUCCAGGACUACUGGAAAUCAAGAUAUCUGACGGUUAUCUCUCUGCUGAGUGUGGCCGCAGAGCCAUUAAAAAACAGGAUUCUCACAAGACUUGUGGGAUUGAGCGUCCCUGAAGUAAGAAAUGCUGUUGUUGACCUUAAAGUCGGAACGACAAGGCUUAUAAAAGCAGAAGCAGACCCACGGCUACAGCUACAGCUGGUAACGUUUGCUCGGAAUAGCAGUCAUCGUCAGGAAUUUUCCAGCCUAAUCACCAUAUCCGUAGUCCGGAAAUUGCUCUUCUAA